AGUUUGGAUUUGAUGUUCCUGUUGGUGUUUCAAUAUUAGUUUAUCUGUAUUGCUCCUGGUCCUGCUACUCUGCAGUUGUCGUUUGUCAUUCUCUAGGUUCGUACUUCCUAGGCACCACAUUCAGGACAAGCACCAAGCGAGAUUGCAUACACACAGUAAUUAUUUGAAACUUCUUCUGUGUCAUGAAGGUCGAAGUAGAAGUAUUCCGAGUCGCGGAAGGGAGCACGGAAGUCACGCGACGGGAAAAAAAAUUCGUAGUGGAAGUCAACGGCACACCCGGCGUGCGCACUUGGUGCUCAGAAAUCCAGCACGCUGCAAGGGAGAGGUUUGGAAUCCCCCUCGAAGCGCAGCACGUUACGACGCCAAGGCUGGUCCUCUUUAGCUUGAUCUACCCGUGCCACUAUGGCAUAGGAAGCAUCCGGCUGAAGCUGAUGUCCGACGAGGAACGGAUUACCGAAUACGCGAAGUUCUUCGAUGAAAAAGAAGAAUGGGGGGAAUGGAUCAAGUGCGCGACUGGCAAAUCGUUGCGGAAAGCAGGCGUCCAUUCGAAAAAAAGCAACCGCGUCUACGUGUGGACAUCCUACCUCGGGCCCGUUCCAGAGAAGCGGCCAGCUGCUCUCGGCGCGGCAGGCGGCAUUCAAUUGCAAGAGGGCCAGCCAAGUACAAUUUUUCGUUUGUUUUGUUGCGUUUGUCCUGCUUUCGGGCCCUGUGUGCAUCCGUGCCAUUGAGAGCGUAAAAAAUGCGGUUGUGUCAUCAAUACAAAUCUCACAAACUACAAAGGCGCGCAGUCCCAGUCCUCGAAAAAAAGGCGGGUCGAAUUGUAGUACGGGGGACGCCGGUCCCGGUGCCGCGAUGUCUGUCUGCGCGCCAGCUCGUGCUUGAAUUUCCCUGAGUUGUAGUGCGUCUUGGGAUCUCUUCGCAGAUGCUGUGCGUGCGUGUAUUUAUAUGCAGGGAUGAUCUUUCACUUUCUUGUGAGGGCGUAUCUGAAGAAGCAAAUGGAUCUUCUGAGGACUGUUGUCGUGGUAGGCGUAGGCUCAUAACAACGACAUCAACGUUAUGCCCAACGAUCGACAAUCACAAUGAACAUGAAAACUGCACCCCUAAGAAAGUAGGCGUCAUUCAAUUUCGGAAUUGAAAGUGCAGCAUUCGUAUUCGAAGAGCGGACGUGGGUCUUGACAGUCAUCCUUUGCUCGUGGAGUGGGGGCCAAGAAGUCGCACCGGCCUCAUCAGAGAU